AUGUCGUCUUCAGCAUUUAAACAGUUCUUAGUACACGAAGGACGCGGAAGGAAUACACCGUGCGUUGUUGCGAUCAUUACAAUAACAUGUGGACUAUCUGUGUUAACUUUCAUCUUUGGAUUUCACGAAUUAUGGCAAUUGAAUGAAGUUAUCGAAGCGCAAUGUCAAGUCAAUUCUUCAGAUGUGGGAUUUUCUGGCGGAAGUCUAUGGAGAGCGUUUUGGAAAGUACAAAUUUUAAAUGAUCAGAACAAACAAAUAGAAGAACGUGAAGUUACGAUUAAAUCGUACAGUUCAUACUUCACUGAAUCAGGAGCACGCGAUGCUGCUCAAAAGAGAAAAGCCAAUGAAAUUUAUCCGUGCUAUAAAUAUCGAGAUCAUCCGCUGGGAUCCAUGUGGUCUUGGCGUUGGAAGAAACCAUCGAAAUUGAAAGCAUUUCUUAUCCUAUCUAGUGGCCUAGUUUUGCUGAUCUCGGGGUGUGUAUUGUACAUACUUCGAAGAGUUUACAAAGCACAAGCGACAGGACAAACAGAAAUAGGAAUAACAGAGCGUCUUGAUGUAGAAACGUGA